AUGAAGUUCACACUUGUCUCAGCUCUACUCUCCGUCUCUGGCAUCUUCGCCGAGGCAAGCCCCCUCGAGCCCCGAGAGAUAACUGGCUGUGUCUGCAAACUACACAUUGGAAGCUUCGUCGUUCAGGACACGAUCCCAAUCGGCAACGGCUUGAUACAGCGCAACAUGCGCGUCGUCAAUAGCAACAAUCAAUAUUGCAGCGUCGAAUUCGACCGUGGAAACCAGAGGCAGUGUGACCAGAUCAAGCAAGUUUCGGGACCUACCGGGCCUGGCUGUGUGCAGAAAUUCGGGGUUCUGGAAUGCGUGGACGACUUUUAG